AUGCUCGGCAUUGCCUCUCGUUUAAAUGGCGUCGCUCUCCACUGGUCACUCAAUACUUUGUUUUCAAGCAAAGCAUUACAAAACUUGGCAAAAAAAUCUAAGUGCACACCGCGUAGGGAGGUAAAGUGUCAACUCGAGGGGAAAUAUCGGACAAUUGAUGGCACCUGUAACAACGUUAUAAAUCCUCUCUUUGGUUCCGCCCCCCGUAUCCUAAACCGUUUGGUUCCUGCAAAAUAUUUUGACUUUGAAAAACUCAACGAACCCAUCGGGUUCCCAGGUCAACAUUUGGUCCCAAGUAUCCCUGAGACGUUUAAGGUAGUUGGAAAAUUCAUCCGUCCACAGCCCAAGCCUUCGAGAAGAAGAUUAACUAAUUCUCACUUACUUAUGCAAUUUGGACAAUUCCUGGAUCAUGACGUUGGCAUUUCACUGGAAAGCGAAAGUUCUGACGAAUGCCAGGAAAUGAAAAAUGGAAGACCGGUCCGGAAUUUCGAAGUGCCAUGUUACACCAUUCAAGGAUUCCGUCAAUUCAGAGCCCUUCCUUUUGCAAGAUCAGCAAGCGAAUGUCAGAUACGAAAUGGUCGUUAUACCAGACGAGAACAGCUGAAUAGUGACACGUCAUUUGUUGACGCCUCACAAGUCUACGGUUCUACAGAUGAGCUCGCAGAGCGAUUACGGGAAAACAAGGGCAAGGGCGGCAAAGGAUUGUUGGCUACAUCGAAUGGAGUAAAUGGCCGUUUUCUACCAAUUAACACUGAAGAACUGGAAGGUCCAGUUAACCUUUGUAAUAAUGAGAAAUCCGGAGGUAAAUGUUUCCUAUCUGGUGAUGUUCGAACAAAUGAACAGCCCGGCCUGGCCUCCAUGCACACUUUGUUCGUUCGUGAACACAACAGAAUUGCCCGAGAGUUAAGCAAAAUCAAUCCCAGCUGGAAGAACGAAAAGCUUUACCAAGAGGCGAGAAAAAUCCUUGGCGCUGUGUGGCAAAAAAUGACAUACGUGGACUUCCUUCCAAUAAUCAUUGGAGAGACGCUUCCUCCUUACCCAGGCUACAAUCCAAACGUCAAUGCUGACCUUACAAACGGAUUCUCCACAGCAGCAUUUAGAUUCGGACACACUUUAAUCAGGCCAGCAUUUGAUGUCCUCGAUGCAAAUUUCAAUCCCAUAAUGAACCCUUUGCCAUUACGUGAAAUGUUCUUCAACACAAGUUUCAUAAUAAAACGAGGUAUAGAUCCAAUACUUCUUGGUUUACUGGGUAACUCAUCGGAAAGAUUUGAUCGAAAACUCGCUAAUGAUCUCCUGCAACACCUGUUCCAAGAGCCAGGUAGCUCUGAAGGCGGUCUAAAUCUUGCUGCAUUGAACGUUCAACGCGGUAGAGAGCAUGGCUUACCUGGGUACAACGCAUAUCGACGUUUCUGCGGAUUGCGAAAUGCAAGAAACUUCCAGGCUACAAGAAGAGAAAUCAGAAAUGGAUGGAACAGAAUUCUCUUGCGAAGGCUUUACAAAAAGCCUUCAAUCGCAGAUUUGUGGAUUGCUGGAUUAGCGGAAGCCCCGGCUAACGGUGGAAUCGUUGGAGCGACCUUUGGCUGUAUCAUCCGAGAGCAGUUCAGACGAUUAAGAGACGGAGACAGUUUCUUCUACAGAAGACCCGGUGUGUUCACAGCCGAGCAGUUGAUCGAGAUUGAAAAAGUAACGAUGUCGAGAAUCUUAUGCGAUAAUUUGAAAAAAAUCGUUUCUAUUCAAAGAAAUGCAUUCUUAGCUGGUGGAGGAGACGUUCGUCGUGUUGAAUGUAGCAACAUUCCCGGAAUUAAUUUCAACGUUUGGAAAGGUAUGAUUGUCAGCAAUGUAAGAAAAUCUGAUUUAAAUAGUUUCCCUUCAGAUGCGUUUUUUCCGGCAAAAGUCAGUUUGUUGAAAGAUUGA